AAUAAAAGUUAUCAACUCUCUCAGAAAUGUCCUCAUUCUUCCGGGAAAGCUUUAUUAACAAGAACAUCCUUGUCUGGCCAUCCUCGCCCCGUCACUGCGUGCAUCCCGUCCUCGCCUCUCGCCAGCCUUUCUCUUUCUUUCUGAAUGUCAACUCACCAGAAAGAGACUUUUCAUCUUUGUUAGCUUUUACAACACCAGAUUUGAACUUUGGCAAGCGUUUAUUCGGCUUUAAGAGUUUGUCGUCUGCGAUUCUUGACAUCACACUGAUGGUGUUCACUGCUGCGCUCUGCACCCCGCCUGCCGGAGCGCAGGAUCGCUGGACCAGAAAGACGCACAGGGAGGGGAGAGCAGGCUGAUGCUAGCGGCUGUGGCGAGUCUCACAUAGUCAAUUAGACGAUUAGCUUAGGCGAACUUGCUGAAAGACUGUAGUUGGAUAUAGUUGGUUUGGAGGACACAGAUCCAUCCUUGUUUAAAGAGUAUUUAUGGUAAUAUGCUUUAUUGAUUGAGGUCAGUUUGGUCUAUUUCUGCAAAGUGAUGACAGGUUUUUCGUUGUGUUCUUGGACUUAGUGCAUGUGUCAUUACUUCUCUGCACCCCGCUAAUCUGACUCUUAACAAUGAUCGCUGAAUGUCACGUUUCAGUGCGUCACACUUGUCCAAGCAUUGGGAAUCUGUUCUUUUGCGAUCUCGAUUUGAUUUACAGAUAACUUUGAAAUCUUGAGUUAUAAAACCUAGGCUGAAAAAUAGCAUGGAUGAUAUUCAGCAUACUCAUGCGGUUUGACCGGUUGUCUAGUUUAGUCCACUUUAUGUCCAGACGGACUAUGACUUGGUCAAAACUUUGCUCUGCGCUAGUUUAAUUGUGCCAGAUCGAUGUUAGGAAGUCCGUCAAACAACGGCGGCAUCAGAAUGCUGGUGCCCACGGAUCCGAACGAGGAGAGGCGGGUAGAGUUUGUGGCUCUCACCGCUGUCCACACGGAGAGAAGUGAACCGUCCAGCCCGGAGCGCGGACACCCGUCUCACCGCACAGGUCUGCUGGGCACCCCGCUGCCCGGGCCGCCCGGACCCCGGGCCAACCCGUCCGCUUCAAACAAACGCUGCAGAAAGUUGCAAAACUGCAUGUACAACGUGCUGGAAAGACCAAGAGGAUGGGCAUUCAUCUACCAUGCAUUCAUUUUUCUGCUGGUGUUCAGCUGCUUGGUGUUGUCUGUGUUCUCCACAAUCCCCGACCACCAGAAGUUUGCCAACCAAAGCCUUUUCAUCCUGGAGUUUGUGAUGAUCGUGGUGUUUGGCUUGGAGUACUUCAUCAGGAUCUGGGCGGCUGGCUGUUGCUGCAGAUACCGAGGAUGGCAGGGACGGCUGAGAUUUGCCAGAAAGCCCUUCUGUGUCAUAGACUUCAUAGUAUUUGUGGCAUCACUGGCAGUAAUAGCAGCUGGGACGCAAGGCAACAUUUUCGCCACGUCAGCCCUGCGCAGCAUGCGUUUUCUGCAAAUCUUGCGUAUGGUUCGUAUGGACCGAAGGGGAGGCACCUGGAAACUACUGGGCUCAGUGGUUUACGCUCACAGCAAGGAGUUGAUUACCGCCUGGUACAUAGGUUUCCUGGUCCUCAUCUUCGCCUCCUUUCUUGUCUACCUGGCAGAGAAAGACAUCAACUCAGACUUUAACACCUAUGCAGACUCCCUCUGGUGGGGGACUAUUACUCUUACAACCAUUGGCUAUGGUGACAAGACCCCGCGUACCUGGCAAGGACGGCUUCUCGCUGCCGGCUUCGCUCUUUUGGGAGUCUCCUUCUUUGCCCUGCCUGCUGGAAUUCUGGGGUCAGGCUUUGCCUUAAAGGUUCAAGAGCAGCACAGGCAGAAACACUUUGAAAAGAGGAGGAUGCCUGCUGCCAACCUCAUACAGGCUGCAUGGCGUCUCUACUCUACAGAUGCCAAACACUCCUAUCUGACAGCUACAUGGUACUUCUAUGACAGCAUGUUGCCUUCCUUCAGAGAACUGACGCUACUGUUCAGUCACCUCCAGCGACAGCGUAACACCAAGAAGGUUCUUCACAACUCCUACCACACGCUGCUGUCUGGGCUGCGGCCCUACAGCUCCCCCUACCUGUCAGGGGACAGUCAACUCCUUCCUAAAAAACGGGGUCUCUUCCGGAUUCACGCUGGCCGCAAGCAGAGCAGUAAAAUAGGCUUCCGGGAUCGGAUUAGGAUGAACAAUUCCAGAUCAUCUCAAAACAUUAGGAACAAGGCCUCACCGCUGCCCCCAGGGUCUGGUGUCCGCUGCUCUCCCAGCCAGGAGAACGUCCCCGAUGCCACCAGCCCGGGGAAGGUCCAGAAGAGCUGGAGCUUUAAUGACCGCACACGUUUUCGCACCUCUCUUCGGCUCAAACCACGCCCACCUGUUGAUGUAGAGGGUGUCGGGGAGGACAGUGUUGAAGACAGACCAUUUUGUGACGUAGCAAUGGAGGAGGUAAUCCCAGCAGUGAAGACACUCAUACGGGCUGUCAGGAUAUUAAAGUUCCUUGUGGCCAAGAGGAAGUUUAAGGAGACGCUGCGUCCGUAUGAUGUGAAGGACGUCAUAGAGCAGUACUCUGCUGGACACUUGGACAUGCUGGGCCGUAUCAAGAGCCUGCAGAUGCGGGUGGACCAGAUAAUUGGGCGGGGAAACAUUCAGCCCGAUAAGAAAGCACGCUCUGAAAAGGGAGAGAAGACGCCGCCAGAACUGGACCCACUGGAUGAGCUAAGCAUGAUGGGACGUGUAGUCAAGGUGGAGAAACAGGUACAGUCUAUAGAGAACAAGGUGGACCUCUUGCUCAGCUUCUACUCCCAGUGCCUAAAGAAAGGCUCGUCUCACUUCACGCUGUCUUCCCUCCUGGACCCCGACUUGACAUCUGACUACCACAGCCCCACGGACCAAAGAGACCUCUCCCCCUCCGCUAACACACUAAACAUCUCUGAGAGCGGCAACUUGGAUUCACAGUGAGCUGAGAAGUCUCUAGGUUGUCCGAACAUAGACACGCAAUCCUACAGUGUGUCUUCCCGGCGGCUGAGUCCUCACUUUAAUUAGUUCAACCUUAAUGUCAUCAAUCAUUUCAUUUCUGUCCGGGAUGAUUUGCACCCUUCCAUCUUAAAUCUGCACCCUCACCCUUUUUUUUCCUGAAGUGAAUGUGUUUCCAGAGCUGAUACAGACGGAGGUCACCAGAUGGCUUCACCAAGGAGCCUCAGCCAAAGCUGCUCACCGCACACGCCUCUCAUCCCACUAGAUGGAGAUGAAGAGAGGGAUGAACAACUAUAACUUGACUACUGAACUACUUUCACCCACUCACAUCAUGCUAUUUAUCUAUGCCUCCCUUAAUGCUUCAACUGUACAUUAUCAGACUAUGAAUUUUUGUAAAUCGUAGAAGAAAUCUUUGGAGAAAUCCUGUCUUCAUCAUCAUUUCUUUUCUUUCUUGGCUGCUUGAAUCAACCGACUGAAAAUUUGCCGACUCACUUGACAUAAACAUUGCUGCAAGUGCCAUGCCAGUCAUUUGUUCAGUACCUUAGGAUGGCUCUGGUGAAUGUAAUAGUUCCUACCUGCAAAUUUCGCACCACCGGAGGAAUGAUUAAGCACCAAAGGAGCUUCAACACAGAAAUAAUCUGCUCCCUCGGACCUGGACGUGCAGAUUGGGCUGACAGCCACCUCGCCAAAACACCGAAACUCUACGGUACACUUUCCUGCCCAAACCAGGGACUUUUAAAUGUGUAAAUCCUGUUAUAUUUGCCCAAACUUGUCACGUGAAAACAGAGCUGGAAGAACGCCUUGGAGUGACUGAUAUGUACUGUACUUUGUUGUUUGUUUUCAUCUCCAUUCCUUCUCUCAGACAUUCUGUCUCCAACAAGCCCACUUGCAAAAAAAACAACAUUAUUCCCUUUUUGGCUGGCAUUCAAGUGAGGAAUGUUCCUAUUUAUUUAGGAUUUAAUAGAGCCAAAAUGUCCUUUCACAGGUCCCUUCUUUGCAAUGUUUCAAAGGUGACUUUAUCUCCUUGAGUAUUUUAGUAACCUAACUUUGUUUUUAAAAUGCCCUUUAAACUUCUCUGUCUUGCAGCCCUACCCCCUCCCAGGCAUGCAUGUUACUGUAGAUAAAACCUCAUUGAUCCUCAGUCAGAAGCUAGAUAUUUAGAUCAUAUUUUCCUGCACUGCUACUCAUCACGCAGGUCUAGCCUUAGGUCAGGUUCACUAUGUCAGAUGUCAGCCUUUCUUAAAGGAGGAUAGUUUUCCUUCUUACAGUCAUCAGAUGGCAUGCAAUCUUGCAGUUAGCAGAUAUGAACAUGAUGUAGAAAUAUUUCUGGCCAGUUUUUAAGUUUUUUGAAAAGACUGUAAGCGUAUGGGUCUGAUGCAAGAAUUCCAGGCCAUUAUCCUCACGAAUGCAUGUGUCUUAAGGAAAUGGUUCCAGCCGUACAGCUUCACUACAGACAGUCAGGGAGCUCUGUCUUCUCUGGUUCAUGUUUGGAGAUGUUUGAUACACAGUUAACGCUCUGUGGACAAAACUGGAGAGUGCAAAAAUGUGUGCACACACGCGCACGCACACGCACACACACACACACACACACACACACACACACACACACACACACACACACAAUAGUAAACAUUUCCUUUACUUAAAUACUGUACUUUGGCACUUGACACAGUUUUGUCUUUUUAUCUUUGAUAUGCAUUCAAUUUUGUGUAACCCUUAAUGGCAAAAUUCUGUUUUUUUUAAUUAUUUUGGUUGUCAAAGUGAAUGUAGAAUUUAAGUUAAUAUAUUUAAUUCUGUUAUAUACAUUAUCUUUAAAUAGAUGUAGCAUUUGUUGUCAAGUUGAUCAGGUUCACAUUGAGCACCUCGCAGAGAUCAAAUGUAUAUUUUUUUAACGUCAUCAGAUAAUUGCUACCAGCUUCAACACAGAAAACAUUUGGCAUGCUGUACGGCCAGUGAAAACGGUUCUUCUGUCCCUGCAAGUGAUUCAUUUUUUCCAGUCAAACCAGUUGACUCAGGUGCUCCACUUUUCCAUUGAAGCCAAGCCUAGACGUUAAACAGUGAAUGUUCUUCAUUGGUUGGUCUAUUUAGGAUCUGAUGCCAUGAGGAAUAAAAUGGCACUUCAGCACUUGCUUCAGUUUUUGCAUUCAUUUCAUAGAGAAAUGCCAGCAAGCUUUAUUCUUAGGCCUACACUAUAGCAAAGACUUAUUAGAAACAUUGUUAGACUGAACAGUGCUUCACUUUAUUGUCAUUGUAUUGUCCGGAAUGUUGAGCUUCGUGUACGUGUGAGACCCCUGUAAUGCAUGUUGUAGUUAGUGGUGGCUCCAGCAUUAGAAGAACAAGAUAUUGAGUCAAGAUAUGAGAGGAAAUGACCUGUGCCUUCAAUGUCUUCAUUCUGUAACUGAUAUGGUGUGGCUUUUUGUCUCAUACUUAAAUAUUAAUUGUGCUUUAAAGAAAAGUGUUUGAUAGGGGUAUCACAUGAUGAUAGCCAUGCUCUUUUUGUUUGUAAAUCCUUGAUCUAACUAAAGAAACACCAUCAAAAUAGUUCUGAAAAUGUACUUUUUAGGGCAUUAGUAUUUUAUGACUGCUGCAACCUUUGAUAUUUUCUGAGAAUAUUACUGUUUGUUUAGCAUAUCAUUGUAACUCAGCCUGUACCUCGACACCCUUACUGUAUUUUAACACCAGUCAGAUCAGAAGGCAUGGACAUUUGUUUCACCACAAUAAACUCCGGAGGCAUGCUUUCUUGUCACAAGCAUGUCACAUAGAGAAGUAUGGCUUCCACUCAACUACCUCUGAGGCCACUAGGGGGCGCUAGUCUAGAAAACCAAGUAUGAGAAACAGUAACUGAUUGUCUAAGUGACUGAAUGCUAUGCAUGACUCAAUCUGCACGCUUUUUUCCCCUCUGUUCUUCGUCAUGAUGCCCGACCAACCAUCCAUCAUUCACAGACUUGCUGUCGUUUGACAUUCCAGCUCGUUGCCCUUUAACUGCUCUCUUAAGUAUUGGAACUGUUGUUAAAAUGAAACUGAUCAAAGCAAUAAGCAAAAUGCAAAAGCUUACAAAGUCUUCCAAUUCAAAUUGAUUGUAGCUACUGUUUGAUGAAAUAUUUAGUUUAUCUUAUUUUCUAAUCUAAUGCACACAUCUCUUGAUCUUUUAAGGAGAUACAAAAAUGUUUAUCUGCUGAGGAUAAAAUUAGCUCACUUGACUAACUUAUUAAUUUAUUUGUUUCAAUAAAGCUAUUUGGACUGUA